AUGUUAAACUACAUUGAUGUUAGAAAUAAGAAAUAUGUCAAAUGGCAAAGUGUACAUUUUUUGACAGUAAUGCACGUAACGCAUUUGGACACAAGUAAUGUCAAAAUUGACGUGUCUCGUAAUACGAGUGCGUUCAAAGACGGCAAUGCUAAUGCCAAAACUUACAUUUCCCCUUCUACCGGCAAUGCCAAAUCUGGUGCUCCUAUUCCCGACAUUAAUGUCCCGAUCAUUUGGAUUCUGGGAGGUCCAGGUUCUGGAAAAGGUACCCAGUGCGAUCGCAUUGUUGCCAAGUAUGGGUUCACUCAUUUAUCGUCUGGAGACCUUCUUAGAAACGAAGUGAGUAGCGGUUCCUCGCGAGGCAAAGAACUGACAGCGAUAAUGGAACGAGGCGAACUAGUACCCAUGCAAGUAGUACUAGAUUUACUCAAAGAAGCCAUUUUAAAGGCGGUUCCGUCCUCCAAAGGGUUCCUAAUCGACGGUUACCCGCGCGAAAAGGAACAAGGGAUUGCGUUCGAAUCGAACAUCGCUCCAGUCGAUUUAGUACUAUUUUACGACGCUUCGGAAAAAACUUUAAUCGACAGGUUACUCGAUAGAGCUAAAACUUCCGGAAGAGUGGAUGACAAUGAAGAAACCAUAAAAAAGAGGUUGCAAACUUUCAAUACGCACAACGACCACGUGGUUCAGCAGUACCUUAAAAAGCUUAAAAAAAUUGAUGCUGAAAGAAGCACCGACGAUGUUUUUGCUGAAACUGCAACUUACAUCGAUCAACUUUUAGUCAAAUAUGCAGUUAAGCAUGACUUCAAAAGUCCUUGUCCGCCAUCAGUCUUCAAAAUGCUUCUAACAAUAUUACUACUACAAUUAUCGAUACAGCAAAUAAACCCACGCCACUGUAAUUCAAUAGAAACCCCUUUGAUUUACCACAAAAUCAAAUCUUGCCACAAAUCGACCUCGCAAAUCAUAUUUUGGAAGCGAGUAUCGACUUUGCAGGAUUGCAAAGACGCUACCAGAUCGAAAAACGGAUUGGCUUUCAAUUUCAGUCCACUAGAAGCGGAAAAUUUUACAAAAUUUGAGCCAAAUUGUCAGGUUUUGGCUUGUCCGCAAAUUGACGAGACUAGUUUGGUUAUGCACUUGGGAUACGAUUAUUACAGCGCUUAUGGGAAUUUGAAUGCUACCCAAAAUGUCACAUGCAUCAAAUCGCUAGGCCUGUUUGCUCUAACACCAAAAAACCUAAAUUACAGCCAAUCGAUAUUGGCCUGUCAAAACAGCAGUGCCGAUUUAGCCGACAUUACUACCGAAUAUCGUACCGUAAUGUUAUCAGAAAUGCUGAAAAAUCACAUUUCUGAUUGGUACAAGGCCGCCUAUGUGGGUUUGGACGAUUUACGACAAGAGAGCACGUUCGAAAAUAGCAUGGGAAAACGUUUGACUUGCUCAAAUUUUAGAUCUUGGGCUCCAGGACAUCCGAGAUCGAAACACCCACAGGAAAAUUGCGUUGUUAUGGACUCGGAAAAGUUGUGGAGGGUGGUGAAUUGUGCCAGGACCGAACUGAGGGCUUUGUGUGAAUUAUUUCCGACUGCGCCCAAAUUUAAGGAGAACGUUCCGAAAAAUGUCAGUUGUGAUGGAAUAUCGGAAAUGCAUAAGAUAAAAAAGAAAAAAUGUCUGUGGCAAUUAGAAUUGUUCCAGAUUUAUCAGAAUUCUUCAAGAUUGGACAGAUGUGCUUUGUUAGAUUACAAUAAUGAAAUAUAAUAAUUUAAUAAUUAAUAAAAAAAUACCUAAAUGCAACCCUGUUCAUAUACAGGGUGACACAAUA